ACCUUUUAGGUCUUAGUUCGAUUUUAAAAUCAACUUUAGGGAAAUAAAAAAAGAGCCCGUUCCCGAUAAAAACCUCAAAACCCACUUUUCAUAAAACCUCCCGUCUCUUACGCAGCUGUCGCUGCUCACCGCCGUCGCUCAGGCAGCUCUCAUAGGAUCUCCAAGCAUUCAAGCUUCCCAAUUGCUUCUGGAAGUGCUUUUAGCUUAUUGAAAUCCAAUCUCAGCUCCACAAGUGAUGAACAAGACCCAAUUGUAUAAGGGAGUUCUCCAAGCUCAUUCGUUUCCACAUUCAAUCUUUUCAGGCGAGUUAGAUUUCCCAGUGUUGGUGGCAGUACAGUUAAGUUGUUUGAACUCAAAUCCAGAACAAUAAAGUGAAAUUGAAAAGCUUCGCAUAGUCGAAUCCAAGGGCGGCCUAAGCUUUACAUAAUCGAAUCCAAAGGCAGCCUAAGCUAUUCUCCUGUUUUGCAAACAUGAAGAUCAAAGUAAUAUCACGUUCUACUGACGAAUUCACCCGUGAACGUAGCCAAGAUCUUCAGAGGGUUUUCCGGAAUUUCGACCCUAACCUGCGAACUCAAGAGAAAGCUGUCGAAUAUGUUCGUGCUGUUAAUGCUGCGAAACUGGAAAAGAUAUUCGCAAGACCUUUUGUUGGUGCAAUGAAUGGACACAUUGAUGCAAUCUCAUGUAUGGCAAAGAACCCAAAUCACUUAAAAGGGAUGUUUUCAGGUUCAAUGGAUGGAGAUAUUCGUCUUUGGGAUAUAGCUUCCAGACGAACAGUUUGUCAAUUCCCUGGUCAUCAAGGUGCUGUACGGGGUUUAACUGUAUCUACCGAUGGGCGAAUUCUUGUAUCAUGUGGAACAGAUUGCACUGUCAGGCUCUGGAAUGUUCCUGUUGCAAGUAGUAUGGAGUCCGAAAACUCAUAUGAUAAUCCUCCCAAGCCAUUGGCAGUUUAUGUUUGGAAGAAUGCUUUCUGGGCAGUUGAUCACCAAUGGGAAGGUGAUCUCUUUGCCACAGCUGGUGCUCAAGUUGAUAUUUGGGAUCACAACAGGUCACAGCCAGUCAACAGUUUUGAAUGGGGAAAAGACACUGUCAUAUCCGCUCGAUUUAAUCCUGGAGAACCAAAUGUCUUAGCUACAUCAGCAAGUGACCGCAGCAUAGCACUGUAUGAUUUGCGUAUGUCAUCCCCUGCAAGGAAGCUUAUCAUGAGGACAAAAACCAAUUCUAUCUCUUGGAAUCCAAUGGAGCCAAUGAACUUCACAGCUGCAAAUGAAGAUUGCAACUGCUAUAGCUAUGAUGCUAGAAAAUUGGAUGAAGCAAAAUGUGUGCACAAAGAUCAUGUUUCUGCUGUGAUGGAUAUUGAUUACUCACCCACUGGUCGGGAAUUUGUAACUGGGUCAUAUGAUCGAACAGUAAGAAUCUUCCAAUAUAAUGGUGGUCAUAGCCGGGAGAUAUACCAUACUAAAAGAAUGCAAAGGGUAUUCUGCGUGAAGUUUAGCUGUGAUGCAACUUAUGUUCUUUCGGGAAGCGAUGACACCAAUCUUCGUCUAUGGAAAUCAAAAGCAUCAGAGCAGUUGGGGGUGCUUCUUCCAAGGGAACGUAAGAAGCAAGAGUACCUUGAAGCUGUUAAGAAUCGCUACAAGCACCUACCUGAGGUUAAGCGCAUUGUGAGGCAUAGACACUUGCCAAAACCAAUAUACAAGGCUGCUACUCUCAGACGCACAAUUACUGACGCUGAGAAGAGAAAAGAGGAGAGGAGGAGAGCACACAGUGCCCCAGGAAGCAUGCCCACAGAGCCUUUACGGAAAAAAAGAAUCAUCCAGGAGGUUGAGUGAAGUUGUCAUGUCGCAGUUGAAAUUCUUUGGGUCUGUACACUUCUCAGAUUUAUACCUUGAUCAAGUUGUUUUUCUGCUCAACAUGGGCUCAGAGGGAUCUCUUUGAUGCAAGCGCUGUCAGGUUUCAAUGCUUAACAGUCAGAAAUUCGAAGCGAAGAUGAAGAUUCGCAAAAGUUUUGUUAGGGCAAUCAACAUAGUUGACUUCAUGUGGAGAUUUGAUGGAAGCAAAGUUUCUCCAAUUAUUUUACCUCUACAUAUAUGUUAUACUGAUAUUUUGGGAGUUCCAACCACAACAUGAAUUGUAAUAGAAGCAGCUUUGGUCAGUUUUGCACCAUCUGGCCGCUAUUUUGGGUUGACUUAAAAACUCUGUUUUGAGUGAAUUCCUAAUUGGAGACAA